AUGAGGCAGGCCUCUCCCUCACAUAGUGAUAGCCAAAGAGGAGUAGCCAUGGCUGGUGCUCUUGUGCUGCUCUUACCUUUCAUUUUCCCUAGUCUUUUCACGCAUUUGGGCCAUGCUUUUCCCUCUGUUCUCUCGGAGUGGAAUGCCCCUAAACCUAGACACUCUCGAUUACUUAAGAGUGCCUUACAGCGCCAAAUACCUGAAAGAAGACAGGCUGACCUAUGGAUGCCUUUGGCCCAUCAACGACUGAAACCUUGUGCUAUAUCUGAACUCACCUCCUCGGCGUUGCCAGAGAAAUCUCGGGGAUAUAUUCAGGUCUUCCUUGACGGGGGACUAAAUCAGCAAAGGAUGGGCAUUUGUGAUGCAGUUGCUGUUGCCAAAAUACUGAAUGCAACUCUCAUAAUUCCUCAUCUUGAAGUAAAUCCCGUGUGGCAAGAUUCAAGCACGUUUAUGGAUAUAUUUGAUGUGGAUCACUUCAUUAAUGUAUUGAAAGACGACAUAUCUGUUGUUAAAGAAUUGCCGGAUGAAUAUUAUUGGAGCACACGGGAGUAUUAUGCCACCGCAAUUCGAGCCACCAGAGUGAAAACAGCACCUGUUCAUGCAUCGGCCCACUGGUAUAUAGAGAAUGUAUUGCCUGUCCUAGAGAGCUAUGGAAUUGCUGCAAUUGCACCAUUCUCACAUCGUUUGGCCUUCGACAAUAUGCCUGAGGAAAUCCAACGGCUGCGUUGUAAAGUCAACUUUCAGGCCUUAGUUUUUGUUCCCCACAUCAGAUCUCUUGGAGAUGCUCUUGUGAGUCGUCUUAGACAGUCUCUGAACACACAUGAAGUGGGCAGGAAUAACUACCUUGAAAAAUUCGGUGAUGUUGUGGACAAGAAAGGGACCGGAAAGUUUGUGGUUCUCCAUCUUCGGUUUGACAAGGAUAUGGCUGCCCACUCAGCAUGCGACUUCGGUGGAGGUAAGGCUGAAAAAUUGGCUCUGGCAAAGUACCGACAGGUUAUAUGGCAGGGCAGAGUUUUAAAUUCUCAAUUUACUGAUGAGGAGUUGAGGAGUCGAGGACGGUGCCCUUUGACUCCCGAAGAAAUCGGUUUGCUCCUAGCAGCUUUAGGAUUCAACAACUCAACUCGCUUAUAUCUUGCUUCCCACAAGGUGUAUGGUGGGGAAGCUAGAAUUUCAACCUUACGAAGUUUGUUUCCUUUUAUGGAAGACAAAAAGAGCCUAGCCUCCUCAGAAGAAAGAGGUCAAAUUAACGGAAAGGCUUCAUUGUUAGCUGCUGUUGAUUAUUAUGUCAGCAUUCACAGUGAUAUCUUCAUUUCAGCUUCGCCUGGAAAUAUGCACAAUGCCGUGGUGGGUCAUCGUACGUACGAAAAUAAAAAAACCAUAAGGCCUAACAUGGCAUUGUUGGGCCAGCUUUUCCUGAACAAGACCCUAAAUUGGCCAGAGUUCGAAAGUUCUGUUGUUGAAGGGCACAAAAACAGACAAGGGCAGCUCAGGCUACGUAAGCCCCAACAGUCAAUAUACACAUAUCCUGCUCCUGAUUGCAUGUGUAAUGCUUGA